AUGAUGGGCAGCCGGCCUCGCAGUCCUAGCCCUGCUCCCUGGUGGGCACCGCAGCAAGCAGGACCCGGCCCUGCCAAGCGCCGCCGACUGGAAGAGCCGGCGGGCCCCGAGCCCGAGGCGACGCCCGUCCUGGAAGAGCUCGCGGGGCCCGGGGCCGCGGACGCGCUCACCUCCGUGGUGGUGCUGGCGACGGGUUGUGCGCUGCAAGUGCCCCUGGGCGACGCCGAUCUGAUGCUGGCGCCCGCGCCGACGUCGGUCCUGCAAGUGUCUCUCGGAGACCACACCCUCAUCCUGAUCCCCGAGGCCCUCCUGGGCUCGGUGGAUGAGCUGUCGGGAGGAGAGGACGGCGCGCCCGUCGGCCUUGAACCCGGCUCUUUCCUGGAUGCUCCCGAAGUGGUGGAGCAGGCAUUCUUAUGGGCUUCCGCUGACGAGACCGAAGAAGACGUGGAAUUCGAGUACCUGGAGCCCUGGGUGGACCCUCCAGGCUCAGUCGCUGGGCUCCUCGGCUCCGCUAGAAGUGUCCUCAGCCCCUGCUCGCGGGGCCCCAUCCCAGAGCCCUGUCCUCUGGCGUCCACUCCAAGUCCAGAGAGACGCUCUUCUGAUCCCUACUUCAACCUGGACGUCCACCUUCUGAGGCCCUUCCCCAACUCACCACUCCAACCUUUGCCUCCCUCUCCUAGUCCAGGCCCCCACGAGCGCCCUCAGCGUUCUCCCCGCCCUCCGUGCAAGGCCAGGAGACGCCUGUUCCAGGGAUGA